AGAAGCUUGGAGGCCCAAACGGGGGGGGGCGUUCGGGCUUUGACCGAUAUGGCAAGUUGACAUCCAGGCCCCUUCGUGGGCCACGUGGCUGAUGCCACAAGAGGGCUCGGAGCCCUUGAACUUUGGCUUGGAGCGGGAACUCACCUAUGCAGGGCAUUUGACGCCUGCAGUACAGCUGGUACCCUUGGUCAAGCGGACCUUUGCUUCAGCCGAUGAAACCCAUAUUCGAGUAUGGGGUCCAGCUGGGGACUUGGCCAAGUUUGCUUUUCCUUCGAACCGACGGUCUAUGGUGUCUGCCAUGACUUUUUGUCCCAACUUCUCGACGAUUGUCACGGGCGAGGUGGACAUGACCCUGAAGUGCUAUUCGCUGAGCCUGGAUUUGGUGGAAUCUUUUGCACUGGAGCAGGCCCGGCUGGCUUUGAGAGGCAAAAGCGAACGCAAAGCCAGCGGCAAGGUCACCUGCUUGGAGUGCCUCUCCACUGCAGGGAGCUUCAUCCUUGCUGGCAGCGAAUGCGGUUGUGAGCUGUGGCAACUGACCAAAUCUCGGGAGAGACGAUUGAAUACGUCCAAGCUGCGCGGCCUUGAGUAUCAUCUACAGUUAAACUUGAUGAAACAGAUCACCACAGAGCCGGUGCACCGAAUCGUCUGCACUGCAGAGCAGAGGGUGGUUGUGGCGGGAUACAAGACCGUGAUCGUCUUGGACAGUGAGUUGAAUUUGGUGGCGUCUUGCAACAUGCCCUUUGUGUGUUGUGCACAUUUGCACAUGCGCUCAUCCAGUCAAGCUCAGAUGAUCACAGGUGCCGCCAAUGGAGCCGUCCAGUUGUGGAGCAUCCAGGCGUUUGACGCCCGUCCUGGGACAGAUGCUGUGGCUGAUGGCGUGGGCACAAGGCUAGAGCACACUUUCUACGGUCAUACACGGCCUGUUGAGAUGGUCUCCUUUUACCACCGGCCUGAGAAAGCUGUGGCGCAGAGCUUUGCAGUGUCCUGUGGUUUGGACCUUCGGGUGCAGGUGUGGAGCCUGGACAACUUCUUGUGCAUUUACACCCUGGAAAUCAAUCUUACCGACUCGAAGGCGCAUGUUUUCCCGAUCUCACCUCAUUUGUUCGCUGUGAGCUACACUAUUGGAGGAAGCACGGGCGAUGGGCAAAAGGGAGCUAGCGUGGCUCUAAUUCGCUUCAACGCUCACUAUGCCUCUCCAUUUGCCACGACCACAGGUAGUGCAGUGGUCCAAAUUGCACAACCACCAUAUCACUCUCAGUCCUUGGAGACAAAGGGUGAGAACAAGGUUGAGCCACUUUUGGCGAGCGCUGCAGUAUUGGCAUUUGAGGAUAUGGCCAUCCGUGUUUAUUCAGCAAAAUCCAAAGCAUUGCUAUCAACUUUGCCGCCACCUCCAAACAGCGAGGUGCAAGUUCUGGAGGUGUUUGUUUGCCCCGUUUGGCAGCUUCUAAUCCUUUGGCUCAGUUCCGAAGAGGUUGCGAUUUUCUACGUGCCAGCAGCACCACUGGAAAAGAAGCAAUCCAAAGUGGAGGAGAAAGUGCCGCGAAGCCGAGCAGCAACACCGUUGCUUCUGCGGCGCUUUGGUAUUGUGGAGGUGCGGACUCUGAUGCUCGACAAGGACCUCUCCCGUGAAAACUUUUGCUGCGUGUCAAUCUAUUACGGGCCGCUUCCCAAAGGCGACACCCUUAUGCACACCGUCAAGGUUGCGCAGCAGGUGCUUGCCGAGGACAGUUCUCCAGCAUCCCCUCGAAGGCACAUGCCUCGGCAGACUCCACCCAGAGGGCGUGAUUGGUAUUUGCUGGUGGGCACACGUCAAGGCACACUCCAGGCUUUCGACAUCGCAGAGUUGCUCUCUGACUUGCCUGUGUGGUCAAGGAUCCUUGCUCAUCUUCCAAGAGAAGCUGCAGCAUCAUUCUUGCGUCGACCAAAAAGGAAUGGCCGCAGGGCUGGAAAGUUUAAGGUGCCGGAAGAGAAUGAUGCGCGUCUCGCUGAAAUAGAGCAGGAGCACUUGGAUGCCAUGGAGCUCUCACGAGCACCAGGACAACGGCCGUUUCCCAAGCACAGUGACGUCCCUCUUUUCAGCCGCUGGAGGCGUCAUGAUUAUGCCAUUGAGGUGGUGAAAUCCAUCGCAGAUCGGAUUUUGACCAUUGACACCAAACGCAACUUGAAGGUCUGUCGUGCGGAAGACAGCCGAUGCUUGUUCUGCUUCCAACUGCCUGAUUUCUCCUGUUUGACGCCGCACUUGUCUUAUUCGCAGGUCAAUGCUCAAACUGGACGAGAGGAGGAGUUUUCGCUUCUCGGAGUUGUGAUGGGCAACACUCGCGGCUCGUUGGAGCUGGUGUCAAGGAUUGUUGGAGCAUUUUUCCUCGGAAGGAAGGUAGAGCUUCCUGUUGAUCAUGAAGACCCAGAGGUGUCGUUCUCACAUGCAUCCCAUGGUGGUGCUGUCUUGCAGGUGGACUUCCUCCUUCCAGCAGAGAUUUUUGUAUCGGUAGGCGAAGAUGACACUCUUCGCUUUUGGUCUUCCAGCUUGUAUUUGCUGCGGGAGGUGUUCUUUCCUCAAGCAUGUACUUCAGUGGCCUUUAUGAAGUUGCCAGACAUGGACAUUUCUCAGGGUCAUGGAGAUGUGCUCGUGGGCUUCGCCGCACAUGUGGAGCAGAUGCCUUUGGACGUCUGGGCACGGGGAGUCAAGCAUGAGAGCCUUGGAGGCUCUACUCUAGAAAGUACCAUGAGAAGCUCUCAAGGUACUUCCAAGUCUUCAAAGGGCACGCAUUUUUCCAAAAGUGCGCAGGAGGAUGAUUCUGCGAUUCUAGAAGAGCUGGCUUUGGCGUGGGAACCACCGGGGCCGGAGGCUGCAACCAUCAAAGUUGAGGAUGUCAUUGUGCAGACGGAAAGUGAAGAAGCUUCUGUGCCCUGCGAAGUGGUCGUCGAAAAAGUGAGGACCGGUGCUGUCAUGGACUUCCGUGGGCCACCAGUUGUCCCGCUGGGUGUGCUUUGCAACAACGCUGCUGACAUGAUGGGUGUUCAGGAGCGUUUGGAGAGGCGCAUGAAGGAGAUGCCGUUCGGGCAUGAGCGGAGCAAAGAAAUCGAAGAAGGAGACUUCGAGUCUAUCACGCGCUACUACCAAGGCUACAACGACUGGACAGUGCUUCCCAGCGGCCUCCUCGAUGCGCCCCGGAGUUAUUCGAUCCGUGGGGUCACUGGACCGGAUGAAGUGGCCAUCGUCACUUCUGUGGGUCUCAACCUGCAUCAAAGCCACCUGCGCGCCGGCAAGAACACCUUCCAGCAGCCAGCCGGGGUUCAGGAGGAGGAAGAGGAGAUUCCAGAGCAGGUUGAGAUAGAGGAGGCCAAUAUUGAGGAAGCUGAGGCAUUGGAGGAAUCGCAGGCUUUGCAGAGCAUGGAGGUGAACCAAACCGACCAAACACCUCCCAGGACCGCCAGUCCACCCUCACGGCGGGUGACACCGCUUCUUCCUGAGAGGCCUGUCUCCCAACAUUCGCCGCAAAACUCCGCAAGGAGGCCAAGCAGCUGCGAAGGCUUCCAAUCUCAAGGCUUUGAAAGCGAGAAUCUGGAGCUGAUCGAGGAGGAUGAGGUUGAAGAAACGUGGAGGAACCUUCGCAUCGCUCGUGGCGUCCCCAAAAGAGCAGAUGCUCCGAAGCCUGUAGCGCAGAACAUCGGAAACACUGAUGCUGAUGUUGCACGCAUGCUGAAAGAGCGUGGUCGUUUGAUUGAUGCACCAGAUGAUGGCUUUGACUCAAACUUCUUGAGUCGCAUUACUGCGAAGAAGACAGACGUUACCUACUGCGGUGUUGACAACCUUCAGUCUGCACGUCGUCCAGCUCGAAGGGUGAUCAGAGACCCAGAUGACGACAUCCCAGAAGAGGGCAUCAAGCUGUGGACAACAACUGGACGUCUUCGCACUGGAAUACGGCAGCCCCCACAAAGGGCUUUGCCCCGGAGCUUCGUCCCUUUGCCGCCACAGCACUUGUGGGAGAGGGCGCCAGUUACUCGCUCUGAAGUCACAGAGAUGAAGAUCAUUGCGGCUGCACAGCAGCCGCCGGUGACUGACUGGGCUCAGGACCUGAUCCUGGAAUCUGCCGAAGCCAACAAGGCACGGCGGCAAAAGUUGCCCGCGGUUCCAGCUACCCCUAGGUCUGGAAGUAGCCUGACGACCUCGGAAUCUGCUUCUUCAGCAGCUCAGUUCUCCAGAGUGAGCUUUGCUCUCCCAAAAGGCAGCAACUUUUGAGACGGUCAGGAGCGCUGACGGGGGACACAACCAGUGAUGGUCCCAGCACGCUGAGGCUGUUUAUGCAAGGAUGUUUAAGGUGUC